CGACAACGUAGCGAAGAGCCUUUUUUUUUCUUUGUUUUUUUUUAACUUUAUACAUUUUACCCAAACUUCUAGAUCUAGAUUUAUAUAUAAGAGACUAGACUUCUAGGCAUAGGACUAGGAAUACUAGGAUCUAACUAUUUAUGGUAAAAUAUGACUAAGCCAAAAAACCUGUUAUUGAUAAAUGGUUUCCCUGAAGGGAUCAAAGUUUUACAGUUGGUUAAAUUUUUGCAGACUUCUUUUAGUGACAAAAAUGUUUGUAAAGUUUGGAUGGAUCCAUACAAAGAACCAAGAGCUGUGGCAAUGUUUGAGUCAUCUCUUGAUGGAGAAAAGAUUCAUCUUUUGAAUGGAAACCUUCUAUGGGACAAUCAUCCUAUCACUUUUGAUGUCAUUGACCCAACAGAGCAUGUAUUUGUAAGAACAUAUGGUACAAUGAACAAUAAAGCUGAAAUUGAGCUAAAAUCACUUUUUACUGCAUCAUAUAAUUGUGUUGGCAUAAAAAGGUUGGAUGAAGAUUGCUAUUGCAUAUCAUUUCAAAAAGAUUGGGAUGCAGUACAAGAGCUUUGUGAACUACCAUGGAUAUAUCAUGAUCAAGCUCUCUCAUUAUUUCCUUUCUUUGAUUGCUUCAAUGAAUCAUUAGAAGUUCAGUAUGACAAUCUUCUAAUGAAAAGUGAAAAAGGAUGCAAGCCUACUAUUUAUAACAGUAAACAAGAUUCGGUUUCUAGAAAUACAAGUCCGAAAAUCCAAAGUGUUGAAAGCGAGCAGAGCAAAGAAAGGUUAGAGCAGAGCAAAGAAAAGUCAACAUUAACUAGAACUCCCUCAGGCUAUAGCAAUGUUACAAAUGAUAAGUUACAGGAAAUCAUGCCAAGUGAAAGCUGUUUUGAAAAAUUUACUAUUGUUUUUGCUCAUCCUUUUUUGCCAAAGUUACUUUUUCUAUUAAAUAUUCAGAAAGGGAUGGAAGAACAUAACUGUUUUAGUACUCAUGACUGUACUGACAGCUUGGACUUUGAAAUUCAAGUGGAUAAAAUAUUCUUUAAAAAGCUGAAUGGGUUAUUUAACAAAGAGUUUCAAAAGUUAAGAGACUCACCCUGUAGAAAUGAUUUUUUGGCCCUUGACAAAGUUCAACCAGAUUUAAAGAAGAUUAUCUCAACUUUAAAAGCUUUUGUGACUCUCACAUUGAAUGAUGAUCUACUUCAUAUGGAUGUCUGCACAAAUAAUAACAUUAAGGAUAGCUUUGAGAAUUUUGUCAGAUCAAUAGUCCAAAUCCAAAAGUUCUCUUUGCCAUCAAAUCAAGACUUAUUGAAAAACAAGAAGUUGGAAAGUUUUGUUGAGCAUUUCAAUGAAACAAAUACUUACAUGCAUAUUUUUCAAUCAAAACUAAUAGUUCAGAUUGUGUUUUUGCCUCAUUUUAGUGAACAUGUACAAAUUUCAUUAGAUGCAAUAGACAAUAAAAUUAAAGACAUUUUCUUCAUUAUCCAACCCACUGCUUGUGACAGCACUUCACAGAAAGAAUGCUAUGGUGCUACAUCUGGAAUAAAAGUCUUUCAUGAAAGUACUCUGCCAUUGCCCCCAAAAAAUAGAAAUGUUAAUAAAGUGUAUACCUUCAAAUAUUCAUUUAUGGCAAAGAUUUUAUUAGCACUAAAUGUAGGUAAGGCUGUACAAGAAAAGUAUCCAUGCUUGACUUUAGAAGUAUGUGACCGGGAAAUAAACUUCUCUGGACCUAAACAUGAUGUGGAAGAAUGUUUAGAUAUUCUUCGCCAUCAAGAAGAAAUGAUUACCUUACAGCAAUCAAGACCUAAUUUCUUUGAAGAUAAUAAUUCACAGCAAAAAGUAUUAACAUUAAUACAAAGUUCAGAACAUUCAAUAUCUUUUGAUAAGACAGAAUUAUAUGCAUUGGUAGAACCUGAUCAAGAAACAAAAAUACCUUUCAGGGAAUAUUUAACCUCACUUCUAAUAUCCACUGAUAAUUUUCUAUUGCCAAACAAUGAUUUUGAAAAUUAUAAUGAAUGGAAGAAAUUUAAAACAGAUUUUAGAACUCAAUAUCCUUAUUGUCAAAUAAUUGUCACAGAUGAUUCACAAGUAUUUCUUUUCUUCGUUCAAAAUACUGAUAAUGAACAAAGGAUUCAAUUGUUAAAAGACAAUGUUGGUAAAACUAUAUCUUCAAUGUUGGAAAACUUUACAUCAAACAUUGCAGCUUCUGAGCAUUCAGAAAAUACAAAUGAAUGUGCUUUGAAAAGAACAAGAGAUUUUGACCUUUCUGCACAUGAAAAGCAUAUUAUUUGUCAUGAUGUCAACAAAACUGAAGAUCAGAAAGAAAAAUCUGUUGCAAUGAUAACAACUAAAAAUGCUGAAGCUGCUACAAAUGUAACAAGUCAGUGCGUUACAAAAUUUCAUUGGAUGUAUGAAGAUGAAACUCCUGCUGAAUUAAAUGUCAGAAAAAAAUUUCAACAAAUUGAACAAAACAUUAGCAAGUUGAUUGAGGCAGCUUAUAUUCAAGACAAUGGAGAAUCUAAUUUAGAUAUUAAUUCUGGGCCUUAUGGGCAUGUUGACUUUUCCAAAAUGACUAUCGUUUUUAAUGAACAGACCAGAAGGCUUAUCAGAACAGAAAAAUUUAGUGAUUUACCUGAUCAAGUUGUCUUACCAGAUACAUGGCAAAACGUGAACCUGGAUGUAUGGAAACUGUUUGAACUAGGUCCCAAUGAAAAAGAAUUCUCAGCUCUACUGGAUAUUUUAGAAACUGAGUUAAAUUCUGAGACAAACAAAGUUGAAAUUUUAAAAGUUGAGCGUUUACAAAAUAUAAAUCUCUUCAAGCACUUUAAAAUGAAAAGCUCUCUAAUGCAAAACCCUGAAAAUCCAACUUUUUUAUGGCAAAGACUAGCAUCAGAUACUCAGGAGCUGGUUUGUCAACAUGGCUUUCAUCCAAUAUUUUGUGCUAUACAUGAUGCUGAAGAUCUUGGAUCAGGCAAUUUAUUUUUUGAGAAAGCUUUGAGAUGCUUGCAUACAAGAGAUUUCGUUGAUAAUACAACAGUGUGUCUCCUCUAUUCAAAAGUGCUGGUUGGAAAAAGUGGACAAGGCAAAAGAAGUAUGAGAUUACCUCCGUUUGAUAAAGAAGCAAAUGUAAUGUAUGAUUCUGUGAAGCUUGAUGAUGCUUACAUGGUAUUUAGUGAUGUUCAAGCCUACCCGUCUUAUUUUGUGAUGAUAAAGAUGAUUAGAAGGAUUAAGAAACAUAGUUACUGAAAUAAUGCUAUUUUGUUGUUGAUUCAUAUGAACCUGUUUUUUACAGUAGUAAUAUUUAUUUUAUUGUUUAUUCAUAUGAACCUGUUACUUUGUGUAAUAAUACUAUUUUGUUGUUGAUUCAUAUGAACAUAUUGUUUUUCCUUAAUUAUGACAAAAAAUCAUAUAAUUAAUCCUUAUCUAACACAUUAAAAUGUUACUUUGUGUAAUAAUACUAUUUUGUUGUUGAUUCAUAUGAACAUAUUGUUUUUCCUUAAUUAUGACAAAAAAUCAUAUAAUUAAUCCUUAUCUAACACAUUAAAAUAUAUGUAACUACAUUUGAAAUGUUUUUUAUGAUUUUUGUUUUGGUUGUGUAUACAAUUUUAUUUAAUAAAAAUAAAGAUCUUUAAUUUUUUAAUGGUUAAAACAAAUAUUACAUUAACCCAUUAAUGUCAGUCGGGACCAUUGUAGAACAUUCCUAAAAUCCCCUUUUCAAUAUGCUUACUUUAAACUUUUUAAAGAAAAGAUUUCUUCUUUGUCUCCUUGCAAGCAAUACUAAAAAUCAUUGUGUAGAUUACUGAUUCUAUUUUUAGCUUUUUAGUAAAAUUGGGAAGAUUCUUUAUUGCUUAAAUAAUUUUUCAAAGGAACGGGCCCGUAGCCUCAGUGUAUAUAUCAGAUGAUGGUCAUCUGUUUCUGUGGCCCAGUUAACAAGGGUAUCAUGUGGACAGCACAACGACCAACCGCCUUUACUUUUUCUCAACUAAUGUCAGGUACCCAGUGGCUCAACCCAAUGUUCUAAAUUGCACUCUAUUUAUCUUUUAUAACUACAAAUGAAACCGUGGAUUCGACUUGCUAAAUAUUCCAUUGGACCAUUUAAAAUUUAAUUUGUACCAGUGGCCAUUUUUAUAGUGUUUCAUAUUAAAUCUCAUUUUAAGGCCUGAUUUUCCACCAUUUUUCAUCCUGUGUAUUCUUGUAAGUAUUUAAGAAUAUAGUUGUAAAAUAGGGAUACUAAGAAACCCCUCAUGGGCUCAGCCUCAGGCCUUGCUGGGAUGAGGGAACCCAGGCAAAGCUCAAGCGGCCAUGUGUCACAACAAUGAAUGUGAUUAAAUGACCAUCUAGUUUGGUGAUGGGUAAGAUUUUUUAGUCGUGGGCCAAAAACUUAAAAGGAAAAAUUUAGGCGGGCCAAAAUAUUGUUUUAUUUAAAAAAUACAGAAAUAUUCUAUUACAGCUUAUCGAAAUUUAACUAAUACCAAACAUGAAGAUGCAAUAUCAGUUUUCAUAAUUUGGUUCAAAUCAGGACUUUGUUAUCCUUAAGAAUUAAUGGAGAUGUCCUUCCAUUAAUCUGUUUCUGACACUGCUUAGUUUAAGUAUCAUUACUGAAAAAUCUGCUUCGAACUAUAAAGAUUCAAAUGCCGAACACAUUUUCUGAGCAUGAGAAAACUGGUUUCGCCAGCAAAUCACCACUUGCUGUUUAAUAUGUCUUAUUAAGUACUAUUCUUUGAUGACCUAAACAAAAGAUUUGAAGACAUUCUUCAUUUGGAUAUUCCUAACUGGGUUUUGAGCCCUUUUAGUGUUUGAACAAAUUCAAUUCACAGAUGAAUCCUUACUAAUUCAGGUGCAGCUUUUAGAAAUAUCCACAAACAAAGAAUGUAAACCAAUGUGUGAACAAUGAUACCACCAAUUCUGGUUAUAAAAACAGAUUCUUAUUCUAUAGUCUGCAUUAUUGGUCAUUGUAAAGAAAUCAUUCACUGAUUUCCUGUCUUUUUAUUUGGUACAACAUGGAUUUGUUGACUAAUCACAAAUCAAAGAAACUGACUAAAAAUGUGUUUUUGUUAAAAUUUGUGGUUACAACUUGCAAACAUUGUGGUGCACAUAAAUACACUCAUAAAAUCUCAUGUUUCUCAUCUAAUUUUUUUCAAUUUUAUUUUAAACACAAUCUAUAAUCUCAAUAAACUGUAUUGCAAAUAGAUGUUUUUUCUUUACAUUUCUAACUUGUAUACUAUAUAUGUAGCUUUUUUUGUAGCAAGUUUUGACUAUUUAAAGUGGUCCCUGGGUAAAAAAAAAAAGGUUUGAGAAUCUCUGGUGUAAAGAAUGGUAUACUCUAGUCUUAAUACAUACAAACAAUUAAAACUUUUAAGAUCGGAAACAUUUUGUAUGAAGGUCCAAAAAAAAAAGGUCCUUAAAAUUAUUUUAUCUUAUGAAAUUCAGACAAUACUUCAAAAAAGAAGAUGAUCACGUUCAACAUGUUUUCCUAGAUCAAUCUAGUCAUGCAUGUUAAUAAAUGACUUCUGCCAAGUCAUUGGAUUUCCUGGCUGACUCAGGCAACCCAUUCCAAGCUCUAAUAUCGGUAGGAAAGAAGGAACAUUUGUACAAAUUUGUCCUAGCAUAUGUAACAAAGAAUGUGUCUUUAUCUUUGUGUCUUUCUGACUUUUUAUUAGGUUUUGUAUUUGAAGGUUAUGGUUUAGUGUUUAGGAUAUUUCUAAAUUUAGGGAUUUUACUUAAGAUGUUAAUCCAUUGUGAAUAUUUUCUUGUAAUUUUUUUUAGUCUGUGUUACUGGUUUACCAUUAUUUAGAUAAGUGGAAUUUAUUUGUUUUAGCUUUUUUGUUACUCUUGACAACUGACAUUUUUCUGGGUGGAAAGACAUGCUCCAAUUUGAUGCCCAUUUUCCUAAUUCAUCUAAUUCUCUUAGUAAGAUUUGUGCAUCUUGUGCUGGUUUUGUUGAAAGGUCCCUUUAGAAGCUUUUCCACUAUCUUCUGAUUAAAACCAUAUACUUUUAAAUAGCAGAAAUAUAAUACGUUUUUUUGUUUAAACUUCUUAAAGAACCGGUGUUUGUAUGUUCAAAACUGUUCAGAAACAACCAGUUACUUAGAGCUCCUCCAUAUAUGUUAUUUUCUUUUUAGCAUUCCUGGGUACAAUGUUAAUGGGGAUUAAGCUUUCCUGCUGAUCAACUCAGAUCAAGCCAGAUACAUUUUCUCAUACAUGGAGUUUUAUGCAUAUAUAUUUGCACUUAUGAUAACUAUUGCAAAUUUUUCAUUUCAUUUUUGAAAAUUGGUAAUCAACAUAAAGUAUAUAUUCAGCCGUUGAUUUUCAGUUGUCCUCCUUUGUAAAGGUUGGUCCUUCUUUGCGAGUGCAAUGUUUGGUAACACUAUUCAAAAGUCACUAACAGUGUUUGUAUAUAUGAAUAGCUAUGCUCUGGUGACAGUUACAUGUGCAGCAUAGUGUGAAUGUGAAAUGGUGCAAAUGCUGUUGAAAAAGUAAAAAAUGGAUUGAGAAUAUUAUUGACAUUCUUAUUAAUUAUGUUUUUUUUUAAAUUUGAUUUGACUAUAAUUUGACUAAUAAAAUCAACUAGUUUGACA